CAAAUCAGUCCCUUUCCUAAACUUUUUUUUUCUCAAAACACCCCCACAAAAUCUCAAACCAAAAUAUAAGUACAACUGUACUACUGCGUUCGUAUGCCCCAAAUAACCAAAUCUUUUUUUGCCUUAAAAAAAAAUGGAGUGCCGCACUCCACAACAAAACCCACACAGCGAAACCCUUCUCUCAAACCCCACAAAUCACGUCGAGCAAAAUUCUCAGAGGAAAGCCAUGGAAAAGUUUCAUCGAGUUAUUUUCAAACUCGCGGAAACUCACCCAAACGCGCCGCCCUUAGCUCCGGCGUUCAGAACCCUUCUCGUCGACCGUUUGAAUCAGUUCGGUUCUCAGUACAAAACCCCUGACCAUCCACCUUAUUAUGCGAUGAUAGAAAAGGCUCUUCGGGAGUUGAGUGAGAAACAGGGCUCCAGUGAGGACUCUAUUUCGCAGUUUCUUGAGAAAGAAUACGAGAAUUUGCCAUGGGCCCACUCUAUGUUACUGAAACAUCAUCUACAAAAACUUUGUGAAUCUGGUGAAAUUGCUGUGACUCGUCACAGUAGAUACAUGCUUGCUGGUGAAAAAAAUCACGGUCUGAAUUCGAGAGCAAAAGUGAAGAAGAAGCGGUGGAGGACUAAAUGGAGGUGGGAUUGGGAGAGAAAGAAGCAAAGGCAGCGCAAGAAGCAAUUGAUCAAGAAAAGAAACCAACAGAAGAGUGCAAAAGUGGAACGAACCAAAACAAAUCAAGAAUCUGAUGAGAAAGUACAAGAAAUGACUGAAAAUGUAGUACAACACAGUGAAGACAAGCAAGUCAAAGAGGAUGAAACAAAGAAAUUACUAUCUUCUGUUGAUGGAGAAGAUGGUAUUUGUGGCAAUCCUAGCUUUUUACCCACUGAAAUUCCAGGCGUAGCUGCAUCAGAUGAGAUGAAACACUCGGAGGAGGUGAGUUUGCAGCAGCAAGAAACGGGCCCCAUUGAGAUUAUGAAACUCGUUACUCAGGUUGAACAUCAACAAGAAACGGGCCCAUUUGAGAUUAUGAAACCGGAUACUCUGGCUGCAGAUGAGCAAGAAAUGGGCCAAUUUGAUAUUAUAAAACCCGAUACUCUGGCUGCACUUCAGCAAGAAACGGGCCCCAUUGAGAUUAUGAAACCCGAUACUCGGGCUGCACAUCAGCAAGAAACGGGCCCUCUUGAGAUUAUGAAACCCGAUACUCAGAUUCAACAGCAGCAAGAAACCGGCCCAUCUCAAAUUAUGAAACCCGAUACUCAGGUUGCACAUCAGCAAGAAACGGGCCCAUGUCAAAUUAUGAAACCCGAUACUCAGGCUGCACAACAGCAAGAAACGGGCCAAUCCGAGAUUAUGGAACCCGCACCACAUCAAGAAGAAAUUAUGAAACCUGAUACUCGAGCUGCACAUCAGCAAGAAACGGACCCCAUUGAGAAUAUGAAACCCGAACCCCAGGCCGUACCUACACAAUUGAAGCAGGAAUCUGAACAAUCGGAACACAAUAAACCCAACUUUUCAAGCCCCAAAAAGCCUCCUGGUUUUGAAUCGAUUGGAGUUGAGAAUUUACCCCAUUCAGGGUCAAGAAAUAUGGAACUGGCAUCCUCUGCUGAAGAAAUAUUAUCGGGAUCGACUCGUACAAGAAGACAAUUAAGGCGUUGGAGUAUGAGUUCUUCUGAACCAAAACCGGUGACUAUGGCUUCCCUCAAGCCAGAGAAAUGUUGUUCACUACAAACGGAGCCUCUAAUCGAGCCAAAUGCAAAAAUAGAUUCUUCGAAAUUAAAUCUUACUUCGAAUGAGCCAAAGUUACACCUAUCAAACGAAGAUGAACCUCAAAGGAAGAAACUACGGAGGAGUCUAAGAAUUCGCCUAGUCGAAUCCGAGGCGGUGUUAUUAAGUAGUAAUUCCGAGGAGGAGGAAAUGGAGGAGCAACCGAAGAAUCGGCAUCUUCGAAGACUGACAACACGUAUUACUGCUAAAAACGAGAUGAAGUCAUCAGAGACUGACACCUCAGCUACUCGGAGUAAGUCCAAGUGUCAGCGGCCGAAGCGCGGAAGGCCAGGUAGGUAGGGCCCACGCUAGCUAACUAACACCGGUAACUUAAGAUAAGCAGGUAUGUGAAUUUAGUAUGAUUUUUGAGGUAUUUUUUUUCCCCCUCCUUUGAUGUAGGUUAAAUUCAUUAGAUUAUUUUUUUAUUAAAUUUAAUUGCUAGGUUAAGAUUAUCCUGAAGAACUACUGAAUGAUGGACCUGCUUUGAAAUUUUAUGUUGCAGGUAAAUGCUGAAUUAUUUAAAUUUGCAGGGGAAAUUAAUUUUCUUUGA